AGUUAUUCUACUUAAUUGGACUCAACCGGAAAUCUUUGCUCAACUGGCUAAAUUGAGCACUUAACAGCGGUUUGCUAGCUCCUGCCUACGCUAGUUAAACUUAUAUAACCUUCUGAAACUUUGACAGCUAUGUCAGAUAAAACGGACGUUAAUUUGACUGGAGUCAAACAAAAUAAUGGCGUGUGGCUUGUAAAGGUGCCCAAGUAUUUAUCUCAACAAUGGGAAAAGGCUACGGAAAAGGGAGAAGUUGGAAAGAUUAGCAUCGGAAAGAAGCAAGACAAAACAGAGGUACGCUUCAGCCUGAGUGAGGAGCUGGCUGCCCCUGGUGCUGUCAGGGAGGUGGAUGCAUCGCUGCAGGUCCCAAGGGAUCAUCCCUUCACUAUGCACUCAGUGGGUGGACAGACCAUGGCUGUCUUCAGCCAGAGUGACACAGAUGAAAUCAGUCUGGAGGGGAUGGUGGUGCACAGAGCUGAAUGCAGACCAGUCGUCAAUGACAACUACAUGAAGCUGAAGAAGCUGCAGAUUAAAGAGUCCACCAAGUCUCCACGUUUGUCACAGCAGCUGGAGAGAGCCAUCACGACUGUCUUCAAGCCUGUGGCGAACCACGAUUUCAAUGUGGCGUACGAUAAGAAGAAGAAGUCGGAGGGGAAGAUGGUGAGGGCUGAGCGACAGGUGGUGUUGGACAUGCUCUUCUCUGCCUUCGAGAAGCACCAGUAUUACAACAUAAAGGACUUGGUGGACAUCACUAAACAACCAGUGACCUACCUGAAAGAAAUCAUGAAGGAAAUUGGGACAUACAACAACAAAGGAGCUCACAAAAGCACCUGGGAACUGAAGCCGGAGUACCAGCACUACCAGUCUGCUGAGGAGGAAGAGGAGCAGAUGCAGAUCGCGUAGCAGCAGCGGGUUCCUCCGGGCCUGUUCACCGAAGUUGGACACAUCGGACAGGAAACGGGGACCGAGACACAACCUGAGCUUCCAGCUGGCUUGUGUUCUCAAAGGAAUUUUCACUUCAUGAGUGUAGAUGUAAACAAUUAAAAUGAAAUGCUGCUCAUCACAUGCAGGAAGUAUGUGA